UGCAGUAGAAAAAGCGGGAAAUUAGAAGAGCAAGACCCUGAGCCCCCAACCGAAACGCAAUGGACGAUUCAGGAGCGAUUCUAUGUCAAAUCUCUUCUCUAAAAGACAUGCUCGAUCAAGUAAAUGAGGAAAUCGAAGCUAACAUUCAGAUAACUCGAGAGAUCGAGUCAGAGAUCGUCAAAUGCACUGGAUUCGAGGCCGAUUUGGCUGCCAGAGAAUCGGACCUCACCAAGACGCUUUAUUUCUCGCAAUUUGAAAUCAAUGGAUUACUCUCUGUUGCCUAUGAGUCGAAGAAGUCUGUUAAAUUCUUAGAGGAGGAGAUUUGUGGUCUAAGAAAAAAGAAGAUGGAGAUGCUUGAAAGCAUGGACGACAAGCGAGAACAGUUUGUCAUGCAAUGCCUAGAAUUUCAAAGGGACAUCGACAAAGGUGAAAACGAAGUGGUGAAUUUGUUGUCAGAAAAGGAGUUUCUUGAAAAUGAAAUCCAUCUCUUGGAUGAGAAAAAUAAUGCUUUAAAGAAUUUGAUGUUGGCUUUCAUAGAUGAAAUUGUUCAAGAUCUUCUUGAUUGCAACUCCGCUUUAGAUGUUGAGACACAGAGUAGGAAUCAUGAGAAUGAGAAACUGCUCAAGGAUAUUGAUGUUAUGAAGAGCAUGUUGCAUUCAAGUAUCAAUCAUUAUAAUUGUUAGUCUUCGACAGUAAGUUUACUCUGAAUUUUAACUACUUUAUAGUUUUUGUCUUUUCUAUUAUAUGGCUGUGUUUGAUCUUAGAGAAAAUAUAAUCUGAAAAUUUUAGUAAUUUUUAUUUGCCUUUCUGCUAAUGAUGGAGAAGUAAAUUUAAAAGUUAAGGGAAAUGCAACAUGGUAUGUCAAGGUAAAACUGCAAUGAUAUUUUUUGAUGAACUGAAAUCAUAUUUGCAUAUCCAUAUGAUUUUGCGCAUUUGCAAGAAGACAUCUUGUACUUGUAUUGUGUAAUAAAUUUUUUCAUAAAUUCUCUGAAUUGAUCAUCUAGCUUUUGUACUUUACAGUCAAACCUUGUAUUGCUAUUCAUUUCAGGCAAUUUUCUCCGACAAAGUAUUCAAAUUCAUUUUAGCCAUAUUAAUAACAUGAAGACAUGAUUAUAGCAAUUUAAUCUACACUGCUUUGCAAUCUAGGGUAAGAUAACAAUUGAAAAUGAAAAAAAAUAAGAGAAUGUUCAAGAUCAACCUCUUUUGGUUUCAAUCAAUUUUCUGUAUUUUAUCACAAAAACCAUAUGAAAGCUUAUAACAUCCUUACUGCUUUUACAAAAUUAAAAAGAUUUUCGCAAUGUUCUUGUGUCUAGUUGUCCCAAUAAACUACAGUUAGAAAGAUCAUGGUGUGAUGCUGUUAUUCUACCAUUUUUCUCCAAAAACAAUAUCAAGUAAUUUUCUUUAGAUCUUAGCAGCGUACUACCAGAAAGCAAAAUCCAUAAUAUAUAUCUAAGCAAAAAAGAAAAGAAAAGAAAAGAAAAGUGAAUAUAUAAAGUAGUCUUAGGAAGAACUCUGGUAGCAAAAGGCAUGUUGACCUAAUUUAUGAGAUUAGUUCCAACUACAUAGCUUUUAAAAAAGUUCAGAGGCCUGAGAGCUAGUAUCAGGUGAGUUAUUGUACGUAUGCUGUUCUGUGUAUUUAAUACAUCAUGGCGGGUGCAUCCUACAAAGAUUGAUAGUUGUUAUCUUUCAAUCCCUUAAUAACAUCCAUUUUUGUGAAUUAUGUUGAGAUUUUGAAAUAAUGCACCAUGAUCGUCACCUUGAAUGCUGAUUUUCGGAACUUUUGUGAGCACAAAAAUGGUUGUCUGAUAACCAGAGGCAUGGUUAUUAUCCAGUGUGUUUUUUACUCAGAAUGGACUGUCUUGCAAGAUGUACCAGGGCUGCUCCGUGAUAUAUCAGGUAAUGCUACACACACAUUUUCUGAGCUAAUUGAUAAAAGUAGCCUUAUAAACUGUGACCAAAGGCUUGACAAUGCUGUACUGUGCUUCAUUAAAGUUGGACUGUUUCUGCUCAAACUUUGUUUGCUGGUUAGAACCUCCGGGGAGAGGAGCUAUCAAAUUAACAAGCUUUUGCAGUGAUACAGAAUUUGUAGACAGUUGGCAUUUAGUCACAUGUGAAGAGAAGCCUAGUCAAAUUUUUAAUUUACAA